AUGGAACCGCCAGCAGGCCAGCAGACUAAGCGGCUAUCAUUGCGGCCGGAGUGGCGAGACAAUCGCCUCUCGUUCGUGGCGUCCAUCAAGCCUUUACCAGCGACUGAAGGAACAGGAAGUCCUCUGCCCAGCACCAUGGACUCGCCUCUCACCCAGCAGAACAGGCCGGAGGUCUUUGAGCCGAAAGUCGUUGGACUCUAUCGUAGGCUGUUCAGAGAAGUUGACGACGAAGAGAAACCAGAAGGAUUCUGGGCCACGCUCUUUCUGCUUCGACCAGAUCUACCACGGCUUCGACAAGUCUUAGAGGAUACAGAUGUGGACUUCUUACUACAGAUGCAGCACCAAUCUCAACAGCUCCUCGUUCAGUCAAUAGCAGCAUUGAAGAUUGGCCACGCACCAGCAGACGAGCAUGCUCUAGAUACCCUCGCAGUUUUCUUCUCCGUGAUCUUGGCCAAACGAUACAAUACUAGCGCGGAAGUGAUCGAGAUCGUAGCCGGACUGGACAGUGUCGAUGCUGUCUUCACGGAGCUCGUUGCCAGCCUCGACAACAUCAUCAGAAGCGAAAGCAAGACGACCAUGUUACGCACGAAGGCAGUCCGAGCCGCCAUGGCCAUCGUAUCUGGUGGCUAUCAAACUGCGCUCGUCUCGUACUUUGUCAACAGGGACUUCUUUCCAGGUCUGAUGAGACUCGUGCAGCAUGAGGAGUCUGAAGGUCAAAACACUGAGGCGCUACUCCUCACUGGACUUCUGGCCAACUAUGGAAAAUUUGAAUCGCACAAUCAAUACCGAAUCCGCUUCGCCGACUUCGUAAACGACGCAGCCGUGACUAGAAUCGUGGAAUCUAUCAGCUCGACCUGCGACUUCCUCCGAGCACGAUAUAUUGCAAUACAGGACGAUACUCCUGCAACAUGGUCAGUAGCGGGUACGUUGUCGUACGUUGGGCUUGGCUCACUGGCUGGUGCAAAGCCAGCACCACCCACUUUGACAGAGGAGCAACAACGGGAACUCUUCACGGAACAGCCUGGCUCGGAGACAGCAACGCUGCUCACGAUGUACGACUUCGUCCAAUCCAACAAGCUGUUUUGCAAUCGCUUCGUAUCUCAGCCUGCACAGGACAAGACGGAAACAACGCCAUUCACCACGUUCAUCUCAUUCAGCUCGUACCUCUACCAGCAUGCUUACAGGUCUCUACGAGCAUCGUCGUACGCCUACCUUACGCUUCUGACGCUGCUGAUAUUGAUCGAGGAUCCAACAAUCGCCAAGCUACUUUGCGACACCACAGCUCCUGUACGACUAUGUAGACAGCGACCACCUUUCCUGCCACUACCAAAGCCUGACCGACCAUACGCAGCAGCUAUUUUAGAUCUGUUGACCGAUGGCAUCAACCACAAUCUUCGAAAGCGACUGGACGUAGCUUUCUACAUCCAGAGCCUGACUGUGCUCAAUCGGUUGAUCAGCUACCUUAGCAAAAUUCGAACAAAGCUAUCAUAUCACUGGUCCGAGCUCUGGAGGACCCUACUAUCAUUGGUCCGCUUUCUCAACCAAUACGCCGACGAUAUUCGCUCGUCCCUGGGCUCCCAGGAUCUCGUAGGAGCAGUAGUCGAAGUCCUCGCGUUGGCGUUGACAAGCGGUGAAGCAUUCCUCCCGGACGCCUCAGCAUACGACGACCUCUUCUACAAGCUCGUAGAGUCCGGCGAAGCGUUGACGAAGCUCCGCGAUACAUACAAUCUUGCCAAAGCAGACGACAAGAAACAGUCUGCGAUCAAUACGCUUAUCGGCGUCUCACAGCACUACAAAGAGCUCAUUGAUAGUCAUCGUGCCAAAAAGGAGCAUCUGAGUCCGAGGGAGAUUGAUAAGAUUAUUAGGCAGGGGUAUGAUACCCUCAGUAUUGAGACGAGGGAUGGAGUGGCGGAGCAGGUGAAGAUCUUUCGAGAAGCGGAUCAUAAGAGUGAGCUGAAGAAGAUCAUUCGGGUUGUGGUGGCUGAUGCUGUUGUGGUGUUGGAUCGGGAACACAGCGCCACUUGA